UUCAUCUCACUUCUCGAAUGUUCUUUCGUCUCACAAAGGAUACCACCUACUGAACGGGCAACGAAGGUCAGAAAUUUCGAACGGUUUUCUCUGAAAACGCUCCGUUGCAAAGCUAGAGCGCGAAAAAGCCAAUAUGCAAAUACACAACGGACGGGACGAUGCAACGCAGGGCGUGUAUCGCCUCUCGCAUGCUAUCUGGUAGUGUAGUUAGCCCGCGUCAGACUCUGCGCGAG